AUGGUUUUCAAGAACUCGGAUGCGCCUGGGUACGCGCCUGGUCUUAUUGUCACCGUUGUAACAUCGAUUGUGGUGAUUGUACUUGCAAUUGUGUACCGCUGCGUAUGUAUUUGGGAAAACGGUCGCCGUGAUAAGAGCGGCGUAGGCGAGGGACUCAAUCAUGCAUAUGAACAUGAUUUGACGGACAUGAAGGACUUCACAAUCCAGUGUAUGCUGUAA